AUGACUUUCUCUAUCCUCCAAAUUUUCCUUCUCUUCUUCUUCAAAACCAGCAUCGUAAUCUCAAUAUUAAUCGUACCAAGAUAUGUUCAUGGCUAUAAUGAAGGAUAUUCCAAAUGUUCUUCCACAUUCAACUGUGGAAAUUUCACAGGGAUUGGCUACCCUUUCUGGGGUAACAACAAACCUGGAUAUUGUGGGCAUCCAGGCUUCAAGCUAGAUUGCCAGGGAGAAAAAAUCACAAUAGAAAUCAUGUCUUUGAAGUAUCAAAUCCUUGAUAUCAACCUCGAAUCUCAACUCCUACACAUCGCAAGAACGGAUUUUUUGCAGAACAACAUUUGUCCUUCAAGCUUUGUUAAUAGUUCCUUAAAUGCCAGUCUCUUCAGUUACACAAUCAACGAUGGUUAUGCCACCUUGUUAUACGAUUGCGAUCCAACGGCCAAAGCUCAUGAAGAACCCAAUGAGUUUUCUUGUCCAAUAAACAACCACCCUCGCGGUGCUUACUUUAUUAUGCCGACAAAUUUUUCAAGUAAUUAUAAACCUGCAAGGGGAUGCAAUAUCAGUCUCUUGAUGCCGGUGUUGGCGAUUUCUGUUCAAAGAUAUAUGAAUCUUUCUUUAACCGUUGAUGAAGUUAUAAAGGAAGGUUUCGAAGUUAGGUGGAUUAUGGAACAAGUGCAAUGCAAGAAUUGUAUUAAUUCAGGUGGGAAAUGUGGAUAUAACUUGAGUCAGAAGGAAUUUAGCUGUUUUUGCCGCGAUGAUGAAGCUUACGCAUGGACCUGUCCAAGUCCCCAACCGCCACCCUUUAGCCAGCAGCAUUUUCCUGCAACUCCUCCUGCGGAUGAUAAUGGACAAGGCAUUGGUUACUUGGCUUACAUAUUCUUGGGGUUUGGGAAAAUAGCCACUUGA